GCCAUGAAGGAUCACGACGCCAUCAAGCUGUUCGUGGGGCAGAUCCCGCGGAACCUGGAGGAGAGCGACCUCAAGCCGCUCUUCGAGGAGUUCGGCCGCAUCUACGAGCUCACCGUCCUCAAGGAUCGCUUCACCGGCAUGCACAAAGGCUGUGCCUUCCUCUCCUACUGCGCCCGCGACUCGGCCCUGAAGGCGCAGAGCGCCCUGCACGAGCAGAAGACGCUGCCGGGGGUAAGUGACGGGGCGGGGGAAGACAGGAAGCUCUUUGUGGGCAUGCUGGGGAAGCAGCAGAGCGAGGACGACGUCCGGCGCCUCUUUGAGCCCUUUGGCCAGAUCGAGGAGUGCACCAUCCUCCGAGGGCCGGAUGGAGCCAGCAAAGGUUGUGCCUUUGUGAAGUACGGCAGCCACGCCGAGGCACAGGCUGCCAUCAACAGCCUGCACGGCAGCCAGACCAUGCCGGGCGCCUCGUCCAGCCUGGUGGUGAAGUUUGCGGACACGGACAAGGAGCGGACCCUGCGGCGGAUGCAUCAGAUGGCAGGGCAGCUGGGCAUCUUCAACCCCAUGACCAUCCAGUUCGGCGCCUACGGGGCCUACACGCAAGCGAUCAUGCAGCAGCAGGCAGCCCUGAUGGCUGCUGCCCAGGGGACCUGCCUGAACCCCAUGGCCGCCAUCGCUGCCGCCCAGAUGCAGCAAAGGGCCGCCUUCAACGUCAGCGGGCUGGUGGCCGCCCCCCUCACCCCCUCUUCAGGGACCAGCACCCCCCCCGGCAUCGGCACGGCGCCCGUGCCCAGCAUCGCCGCGCCCAUCGGGGUGAACGGCUUCAGCCCCCUGCCCCCCCAGAGCAACGGGCAGCCCGCCUCCGAGACCAUCUACACCAAUGGCAUCCACCCCUACCCAGCUCAAAGCCCGACGGUGGCGGAUCCCCUCCAGCAGGCCUACGCAGGCAUGCAGCACUAUGCAGCAGCGUAUCCCACCGCCUACGCCCCCAUCAGCCAAGCCUUUCCCCAGCAAGCGCCCAUCAUCCCGCAGCAGCAGCGAGAAGGUCCCGAGGGCUGUAACCUGUUUAUUUAUCACCUGCCCCAGGAGUUCGGGGACGCGGAGCUCACGCAGAUGUUCUUGCCUUUCGGCAAUGUCAUCUCUGCCAAAGUCUUUGUGGACCGUGCCACCAACCAGAGUAAAUGCUUUGGUUUUGUCAGUUUUGACAACCCGACGAGCGCUCAGGCAGCCAUUCAGGCCAUGAACGGCUUCCAGAUCGGCAUGAAGAGGCUAAAAGUCCAGCUAAAGCGGCCGAAAGAUGCCAACAGGCCCUACUGA